CUUGUUACAGUUUCACAUACAGCAGAAGAAAGCUGCAGUAACUGGCCACUACCCACCUGAGAAAUCUACAGCUGUGACAGCUUUGGAGGAAACAGAGACAAGUGCAAAUAGGGACCUAAAAUGGAGGCGCUGAGUAAUGCAUGCACCAAUUUUUCACUUGAUUUAUUCAGGACAUUAUGUCAAAACAACCCUGAAGGAAAUAUUUUCUACUCGCCACUAAGUAUCUCAGCAGCAAUGGCCAUGAUAUUCUUAGGUACAAAAGGUAAAACUGCUGAACAAUUGUCCAAGGUGCUGCACUUUGAUAGUGUUCAAGACAUUCAUUCAAACUUUCAAACCCUGAACGCUCAGAUUAAUAAAACAUCUAGCUCCCAUUCCCUAAAUCUGGCUAACCGGUUAUAUGGAGAACAGACUUUCAACUUUCGUCCUGUGCUGCACUUUGAUAGUGUUCAAGACAUUCAUUCAAACUUUCAAACCCUGAACGCUCAGAUUAAUAAAACAUCUAGCUCCCAUUCCCUAAAUCUGGCUAACCGGUUAUAUGGAGAACAGACUUUCAACUUUCGUCCUGAAUUCUUAUCAUCUAUCCAGAGUUUAUACCAAGCUAAAUUGGGCACCGUUGACUUCAUAUCUGCCUAUGAAGCUGCUAGAAAUGAAAUCAAUAAAUGGGUUUCAGAACAGACAAAAGGAAAAAUUCCAGAAGUACUAUCUCAGGGAUCCGUAGAUGGAACAACCAAAUUAGUGGUAGUGAAUGCCAUAUAUUUUAAAGGUGACUGGGCUGAGAAAUUUAACCCUGAGCAUACAACGGAAGCACCAUUUAGAUUAAAUAAGAAUGAACAAAAACCUGUUAAAAUGAUGUAUCAGAAGAAAAAGCUGCCUUUCAACUACAUCCCGGAACUUCGUUGUCGAAUCCUCGAGCUCCCAUAUGUGGGAAACAAACUUAGCAUGAUUAUCCUAUUACCAGACAAUAUCAAAGACGAAACAACUGGUUUACAAAAGCUUGAAGAGGAAAUUACCUUAGAAAAACUUCAGGAAUGGACACAACACAUGUAUCCAAUUGAUGUACGUGUGCAUCUGCCAAAAUUCAAAUUAGAAGAAAAUUACAAGCUGAAAUCAACAUUAUCUGCUCUGGGAAUGGUGGAUAUUUUUGAUGCAGCUCGUGCAGAUCUAUCCGGCAUAUCAGGAUCUCCAAAUCUUUUCUUAUCUGAAGUCAUUCACAAGUCUUUUGUGGAGGUAAAUGAAGAAGGCACAGAGGCUGCGGCUGCCACGGAAGACAAUACAUUGUAUUGCAUAAACCCUGAAGAGGAAUUCAAUGCAGAUCACCCGUUUCUCUUCUUCAUUCGGCACAACGACACUAAGAACAUUCUUUUCUUUGGCAAAUACAGCACUCCAUAAAAAAGCAAAUACUGACAACUCAGCUGCCUAAA